AUAUGUUGCAACCAUUAUGACAUGGAGAUCGAUGUAUCUGAGGACAUGAUUUACUAUAUUGAACUUGGAGAUAUCAAAAGAUCAAACCUGGAUAUGACUGAUGUUGAAAUUUUUGAAGAAAAUGCUUGCGCUCAUGAUAUGACAGUUGACUGGAUCGGACGUCGUAUAUUCUACGUCAAGUCGAAUAACAUCAUCCAGCAAAUUUCUUUAAACAGCAAAAAUUCAAGCGUUAUGAGAUUUACACCGGGCUUAAAAUUUAAUAUGAUCACAUUUGAUCCAAUCAAGGGGUAUCUUUUCUCAGCAGAAGAAAAAUAUCAUAAAAUUUGGAUAUGGAGUAGGAUUUCAAAUAAUGAUCACGUUUCAUCAGUUUCUCUUGAGUCAAACGCAUAUGAUCUUACUCUUGACAUGGGUGAAGAGGAAGCUAUAUUGGCGAGUUUCCGAUGACACUGUGUAUUCAUGUGAUUACCUCGCCAAAAAUGUGGACGUUUUUGCAAUAUCAGGAGCACGAAUAAAAGUAUUUUGAAAUUUUGUAUAUUUCAUAAAUAGUGUAAAGAAAGGCAUAGUAACGGCCUAUAACACAACAGAUAACUUGACUUAUAACUUUUCCAUCCCUGUGGCUGUGAGUGAUGGUCAUCAUGGUAUGGCUGUAGUACAAAGCACUAGUGUAGUGUCAAAUGGUAAGUGAAAUAUCAAAUCAUUAAAUAUAUGAUUCAUCAAAACACAAAAUAACAAAUACUGCUCAUAACUCAAACAAACUAACACAUGCACUUACGUAAAGUUUACGCUAGGUAAUGAUUUAUAUGAAAAGUCACAUUUAAAAAGUCAUUGAAAAAGCUUAAUUUUUAUGA